UGACGCCUCGGUACAUUUCUAUUCGCAUUGGCACCGCGCCAUGUUAGCGGUCUCUCUCUCUCUCUCUCUCUUUCUCUCGCUCGCUCUGUUUCUCUCUCACUCUCUCUCUCUCUCUCUCUCUCUCUCUCUCUCUCUCAUUUUCAUAUUAUGGGUGUGCGAUUGCUUCGAGGUGCCGGGCACUCCGCAAUAUCUACAGCCUUCAUCUUAUUUGUAGCAUUUCCGUGCACCCUGGCUCUCUCUUUAUCGUUGUCAGAGGUGCCUCGUCCCGCAGUGUGAGAAGCUCCUUAAAGAAAGCACCCUCAGCUAAACCACCCCCGCCCCGUCUGCUUCCCCCGUUUGCUCCCUCUGCUCUUCCUUUGGGAUUGAUCCUGUUAUGUCUGUUUGGAUGGAUUACUUUUUUAAUCAAAGACUUGUUUGUCCAGUGGCUCCUUUAAUAUUAUGAGUACCAAGCUUCUAAAUUUUAAACCAGCGGAUUAACAGAGGACGUCUAUCCAGCUUGUUCCAGGGAGCUGACACUUGCACCUUUUAACUGAGUUUCUGGGAAGCAGGGGUCCAGUUGGGAAAUAAUGCGCGCACGCGUGUGUAUAAGAAAUAAGACGAAACAAUAUCGCGUACCUCUGGGAGCAAAGCGUUCUAACGGGAUUAAACAAGAGGCAACUUACAACGGGAGUUUCUGCAGAGAAGUUGGAGCUCCAAUAGUGUUUUAAUAGGGGGCUUCGCAAUGGAUUUACGCGAUUUUAAGGGAUUGCUACUUAAAUAGGGAUUGAACAAGAAUUACUAAAUCCCCCCUUUUUUUGUAAAUCUUUUUUUUCCCCAGAGGAUUGCAAAGGUGGAGCGAUUAGGCAAGGCUGAUGACGGACCUAUUAAUCCUUUCAGUGCAUCAAAAGCACCAAAAGGGCUUGGAAACGUUUGCAGGCAAAUGGGCAAAUGUUUCCACUCGUUUCCAGUUUUCUAUGAACCUGGCAAUUAAUCGAUUGAUUUCUUCUUCCUUUGCCGACCUUCUUCUGGGAUGCUGCUUCUUUUUGCUUUCUUCAUGUUCUGUCUGAGGUGGCAUGGUGUGAUUGAUUCUUGUUUUUCGUUCCGAAAUAUUUCCAUAACCUCCAUCCUUUCCACUUGAAGUAUCCCUGCAUCUAAAUGGAAUUAGUUCAGAUUGAAGCCCCUUGGAAAAGGAACAGACAUGGUACAUGGGCACAGUUUGCUUCACGUUGUUGCAGGUCUCAUCAUACUUGGCUUGUGUGGAGCGACAAAGAAGGGGACAGAAAAAAACAACAACUCAGGAGUGCAGCCAGUGGCUCAAUGUGGAUCCUGGAUCAAGAACCCAGAGGGGGGCAUUUUCACAUCUCCAAAUUACCCCAACAAAUACCCUCCAGAGAGAGAGUGCAUUUACAUUAUUGAAGCUGCUCCCAGACAAUGCAUCGAUCUUUACUUUGAUGAAAAAUACUCCAUAGAGCCCUCAUGGGAGUGCAAAUUUGAUCACAUCGAAGUUCGGGAUGGACCAUUUGGCUUUUCACCCAUAAUCGGACGCUACUGUGGCCAACAAAGCCCGCCGUUUAUCAAAUCCAGUGGCCGUUACCUUUGGAUAAAAUUUUUUGCUGAUGGAGAGCUGGAAGCAAUUGGAUUUUCUGCAAGAUACAAUUUCACACCAGAUCCUGACUUUAAAGACCUUGGAGCCCUAAAACCUUUGCCAAUUUGUGAAUUUGAAAUGGGAGGACCAGAGGGUAUCGUUGAAUCUCAGCAAAUCACCAAAGAAGGGAAAGCCUUAGAAACGGAAGCAGUUGACUGCAAAUGGUUCAUUCGAGCUCCCCCAAAAUCAAAGAUUUAUUUGAGAUUCCUGGACUAUGAGAUGCAGAACUCAAAUGAAUGCAAAAGGAACUUUGUUGCUGUGUAUGAUGGGAGCAGUUCUGUCGAAGAUCUGAAAGCCAAGUUCUGCAGCACUGUGGCUAAUGAUGUGAUGCUGCUUACGGGGCUGGGGGUUAUCCGCAUGUGGGCUGAUGAAGGCAGCCGUAACAGCAGAUUCCAGAUGCUCUUCACAUCCUUCCAAGAGCCACCCUGUGAAGCAGACACCUUCUUUUGUCACAGUAACAUGUGCAUUAAUAACACUUUGGUGUGCAACGGAAUUCAGAACUGUGUGUACCCAUGGGAUGAAAACCACUGCAAAGAAAAGAGAAAAGCUAACCUGUUGGACAACCUCACCAAUACCAGCGGGACUAUAAUAGGGGUUACCUCUUGCAUUGUGAUCAUCCUCCUUAUUGUAUCCGUCAUCGUCCAGAUUAAACAGCCACGCAAAAAAUUCAUUCAGAGGAAAGAAGAUUUUGACCAAACUGUAUUUCAGGAGGUAUUUGAGCCCCCUCACUAUGAACUCUGCACUCUCAGGAGCACUGGGGCCUCUGCUGAUUUGGUGGACAUUGCGGAUGACUUUGAGAACUACCAUAAAUUAAGACGGUCUUCUUCAAAAUGUAUUCAUGACCAUCACUGUGGAUCACAGAUGUCUAGCACGAAAGGCAGUCGAAGUAACCUCAGCACACGAGAUGCUGCAAUAUUAACUGAGAUCCAGCCGCCGCCAGUAAGACCUUUAAUACCACCUACAAACCGAAGGAGCAUUCUGGUGAUGAAGCACAGCUAUUCGCAGGAUGCAGCGGAUGGAUGUGACCUGGAUGAAAUCGAAGAGGUGCCCACCACCAGUCAUAGGCUGUCGAGACACGAUAAAGCAGUUCAGCGGUUCUGCCUCAUUGGGUCUCUAAGCAAACAUGAAUCUGAAUACAACACAACUAGGGUCUAGGAGAGAAACGCAAGGCCGAUUCAUCAAACAACAGCUUCUUGCCAAGUAUGACAUCCCUUGGGCGCUAUUAUGACCGUCACCAUCCAGAAAGAACUGUUGCUAAUAUCAAUGUAACAAUCCUUUGUGCUGAAGACAGACAAUACUGGAGUCAUUUUGAUCUGUAAAUUACGAAAGCCCAUCUGUUUCUCAAAGAUUGCAGCUUUCUAGCGAGACACUGCAUUAUCUCCUUCAUUUGCAGUCCUCAACUCAGGGUUUGGGUUUUCCUCCCCCUUCUGGCACCUUCCACUCUCCUGUACUGCAUGUUGGGAUCUAAGAGAGGUGUCCUAUUCCUAAAAAAUGUAGAAUUUGGCUCAUGGACUAUGCUGAAGAAUAUCUAAAGAGCAUUGUGGAGAUCAUUUGCAAAGUAUUUAUGCACUAUAAUAUAAACUGGAAAUGUUCCUCACUUCGCAUUAAAAAGAAUGCAGGAUUUAUGAGGCUCUCUUAUACCUCCUUAUUUGGAAUCGUUGCAUUGAAAUGAUCUAGAAUAUUGUAUGCUUCAAAAUCCAUUUUCAUAUCUGGUACUCAUUUUUGUUUCUCUCGCUGCCCUUGUUUAAAAUACUAAUAGUAAUAAUGUUUUAUUUUAAUGUAAAAUGCAGUAAUAUUUAAUCAUAUCUAACGUCAUACAAGCAUUACAUGCAGUACAAUUGAUUUUCAUAAAAUGCUCAUACCGCUCAGUGUUGGAAGGACGAUUAUUUUAUAGAAUAUGCUUGAUUAAUACCUUUCUUACUAAAAUAGAAAAAGAAUUAUGUUUGUAUAAGUUUAACUUUUAUUAAAAGAAUGCUGUCUUAUAA